AUGACAACUCCAAAGUGGCAAAAUGAACAAAGGCUACAAAAAUCAAAGCAAAAGUUAAACAACAAAAAAUUUGCAUACUCAAAAACAGUGACUCCAAAUCGACACCAAAAACAACAUGGUGUCUCUGAAGAAAACACAAAAACGACAAAAAUGAUGACACACCAAAAUUCACAACAACAGACUCCAAAAUUCCAACCUCAAGAUCAAAUAUUAUCACAGAACUUUUCCCAAAUCCAAUUCCCU